UCUCUCUCUCUCUCUCUCUUUCUCUCACUAGGGUUUCUAGGGUUUAAGCAACCAAAAAAAGAGGUGAAUUCUCAUUGCAUUUCGAACAUUUCUACAGGUUAAGGGUUUUUGGAGUUUAGAAUGUGACUUAUUGAUGCAACGCGCGGUCUUGAGCUUCUGUGGAUGCGUUGGAGGACCUUUGAUUUAGAACGUGAACCUGGAUUUUUGCUUACCAGGAGAAAGAGAAAGAUGGACCGAUCAGCUUCUUGUAGAGAUUCUGCUACAGCAAAUAGAGGAGGCAGCAAAUAUACUUAUAUUCCUUCAAAAGGUGAACUUGAAGAGAGGGAGACACUCAGGAAAAGUAAGAGGGUAAGGUACCCAGACCAUCACCGAAAUGAUAGUUUUGCAGAACCAUCAGGGCGGAGGUGUUUUUCUCAUGAGAGACUUCCCGGAAGGCAUGAAACUGACUCCAAACGUGGAGGGGAACAUGAACACUCGAGAAGUAGCAGAGCUUCUCCUAAUAAGGGAAGAUAUCAGGGAGGCACAGCAAUCAAAUCUGCUAUUCAUGUGCUGGAAGAUGAAUCAAGAGAGAGCAUUUACCAAAGGGAUUCAGAUGCAUCUUUUGGCCAGAGACAACCUCAUCGGGACACCAAUGUUUCUUGUAGGUACUUGGGAGAAAGCCAUUACCACCAGGUGGAAGGUUACAGUUCCUCUCCUCAGGGUAUGCGACAUAACCGAGCAGAUCGUCAAUCACGUGAUUAUAAAGAUGGCUAUAGUGUUAAACAUGACAGUGGUUUAUCAAGGAGUGGUUUAAAACUCUGGGAUGAAAUAACCGCUAAUGAUGCUCGUAGAUCUUUGAAAGGGAGGUCCCACGAUGAUAAAAGGAGCAGUCCUAGGAAACAUCGUAAGAGUUUAUCACGGAAUGAGCCAAAACGGGAUGAGGAAACAACUGAUAAGGGUGCACCGAAUUCUACUAAGACGUCAAACAAGGUCAGUUGGGGUAAUAAUAUAGAAAGUGACAGUAGGUUGUCCUGGAAUGGACCAAAAUGGGGUGAGGAAACCACUUCAAAGAAUUCACCAACUUUCUCUAAGUGGGGUGAGGAAACCACUUCGAAGGAUAACUAUGUUUGUGACAAGGAACCUGAUAAUUGUUCACCAUGCAAUGGUCCAAACUGCGGUGAGGAAACAAAUAGCAAGAAUGCCCAAAACUCCCAGUGGAAGUCAGUUGCUAAUGAUCGAGAUCCUAAUGUGGAAACUGACAACAAUUUAUCAUGUACUGGUUCAAAGUGGGGUAGUAAAGCAAAUGUUAAAGAUGCACCGAGUUCAUGGGGAUUACCUACUACAAAGUGCUAUCCUAAGGAACUUCACAACACGUCAUCAUCAUUGAAUGAUCAAACACAUGACAAAACAUGGGAUCAUAGACAAAAUACCAAGGAAGCAUCUUCUUCAUCUAAGCACAUAUCAGAUGAUAAAUGGGGUUAUAAUGUGAAAACUGAUAAUAGCUCAUCAUGGUCUAAGUGGGGAGAUGAAACCACCACCAAGGAUGCACCUAAUUCAUGGAGGUCAUCUAGUACUAAGAGGGAUUCUAAGAAAACUAACAUUUCAUCAUCGUAUGAUCCAAAAUGGGAUGAUAGAGCAUCUGGGAAGAAUGCAGCUGGUUUCUCUCAAUGGAAAUCAGAUGAUGAUAAAUUGGGUCCUAAUGUGAAAACUGACAAUAGUUCAUCAUGGCCAAAGUGGCCUGACAAAGCAACCACCCAGGAUGGGUCAAAUUCAUGGAGAUCAUCUCCUGCUAAGAGAUUUCCUAAGGAAACUAACGACCAUUCAUCAUGGGAUGCUCCAAAGUGCGAUGAUAGAGCUACUGCCAAGGAUGUACCUAGUUCCUCGCAGUGGAUAUCAAAAGCUGAUAAAUGGGGUUCUAAUGUGAAAACUGAUAAUAGUACAUGGCCAAAUUGGGGCGAUGGAACUACUACCAAGGAUGAACCAAGUUCAUGGAGACCAUCUACUGCUCAGUGGGAUUCUAAAGAGACUAGCAACAAUUCAUCACGUAAUGUUCCUAAUGUGAAAACUGACAAUAGUUCAUCAUGGCCAAAGUGGCCUGACAAAGCAACCACCCAGGAUGGAUCAAAUUCAUGGAGAUCAUCUCCUGCUAAGAGUUAUCCUAAGGAAACUAAUGGCCAUUCAUCAUGGGAUGCUCCAAAGUGCGAUGAUAGAGCUACUGCCAAGGAUGUACCUAGUUCCUCGCAGUGGAGAUCAAAAGCUGAUAAAUGGGGUUCUAAUGUGAAAACUGAUAAUAGUACAUGGCCAAAUUGGGGCGAUGGAACUACUACCAAGGAUGAACCAAGUUCAUGGAGACCAUCUACUGCUCGGUGGGAUUCUAAAGAGACUAGCAACAAUUCAUCAUGUAAUGUUCCUAAUGUGAAAACUGACAAUAGUUCAUCAUGGCCAAAGUGGCCUGACAAAGCAACCACCCAGGAUGGAUCAAAUUCAUGGAGAUCAUCUCCUGCUAAGAGUUAUCCUAAGGAAACUAACGACCAUUCAUCAUGGGAUGAUCCAAAGUGCGAUGAUAGAGCUACUGCCAAGGAUGUACCUAGUUCCUCGCAGUGGAGAUCAAAAGCUGAUAAAUGGGGUUCUAAUGUGAAAACUGAUAAUAGUACAUGGCCAAAUUGGGGCGAUGGAACUACUACCAAGGAUGAACCAAGUUCAUGGAGACCAUCUACUGCUCGGUGGGAUUCUAAAGAGACUAGCAACCAUUCAUCAUGUAAUGUUCCAAAAUGGGAUGAUAGAGUAACUACUGAUGACGCACCUGGUUCCACGCUAUGGAGAUCAGAAGUCGAUAAAUGGGGUUCUAAUGUGAAAACUGGCAAUAGCUCUCUUUGGACAAAGUGGGGUAGCGGAACUACCGACAAGGAUGAACCAAAUUCAUGGAGAUCAUCUACUGCUAAGAGGGAUUCUAAAGAAACUAACAAUGAUUCGUCAUGGAAUGCUCCAAAAUGGGAUGAUAGAGGAACUACCAAGGAGGCACUUGGUUCUUCGAGAUCAAACAUUGAUAAAUGGCGUUCUAAUGCGAAAAGUCACAAUAGUUCGUCAUGGCCAAAAUGGGGAGACGAAACAACUACAAAUGAUAUACAUAAUUUUUCCAAGUCAGGGACUCAUGCUGAUGACAGACAGGGUUUAUUGUGGCCAAGGUGGGGUGCCGGCACAACUAACAAUGAUACACAAAAUUCCUCUCAACAGAGGAGAAAUGCUGACAGGCAGGGUUCUGAUGUGAAGACUGACAACAUUUCAUCGUGGCCAAAGUGGGGUGAUGAUGCAGCUAAUAAUGGUAGGCAGGGUUCUAAUAUGAAAAUUGACAACAGUUCAUCAUGGCCAAAGUGGGGUGCAGAUUCAACUAAUAAUGAUGUACGCAAUUCUUCUCAAUGGAGGGCAAAUUAUGAUAGACAGGAUUCUAAUGUGAACACUGACUAUAGUUCAUCAGGGAAUGGUCAGAAAAGGGGUGAUAAACCAACUGCUGAAUAUGCACCCAAUUCUUCUUGGAUGAGGGCAAAUUCUCAUAGACAGUGUUCUAAUGUGGAGACAAAUAACAGUUUGACGAGGAAAGGUACAAUGUUGGGUGAUGAUGAUAAACGAGCUGCUAAUAAUAUGGAAAAUCAGAAACCAUCCUGGAAUGAUCGAAAGCGAGAUGGCUACAGAACUACUAAAGAUUCACCUAGGUCGUCACGAUGGAGGUUUGACGAAGUUAAGCAGGAUUACAGUCUCAAAUUCAGCAAUAAUUUCUCAUUCAAUUGUCCUAAAUGUGAUGGUCAAACAAUCACUAAGAAUUUUCUAAAUUCUUCUCAGUAUCAGUCAUAUAGUGAGAGAAAGCAGAAUGAUGUGCAUGCUAAUAGUAGGUUAUCACAGACCGAUUCAAAAUUGGGAGAUCAGAACAUGCUACAUGAAGCUUGUCAAAUGAGUUUACCUGCUAAUGAACACAAUAUAACUCAGGAAACCUCUCAAAAGGUCCAGCACAUUCUGAAAACAUCUCAAUGUCCUUCAAGUAACUACAAGCCCACUGAGCAGAGUGGAAAGGAUAAGCAUUAUUUAAGAACUGGGCACUAUUGUAGUCAUCAGGUAGGAAGAAGCAAAAAAUCGCUGAAACCCUUCACUGAUGAGGCCUCUGCAGGUACUCCAGUGGUGCUUAUUGAACCCAGUUCAAGGUCUCCAUCAACUGAACCUAUCAUCUCAGAUUCCAGUAAUUUGAAACAUCCAAAUGUGUCCAAGGAAUCUCAGAUAUCUCCAAAGAGUUUGGCUAGCAUUAACACACUUCCAAGCUGUAGUAGUAAUUUGGAAGGAAAACUUCAGCAUGGAAAAGAGCAACAAAAUACUUCCAGAUCCAAUGUCAGAGAUCAUGACAUGAUGGAAGUUGGGAAUGUUAACAAGGAAGAUGAAAAGGGGAUACAAUUAUUCAAAUUUGCGCUUGUGGAGUUUGUGAAGGAAAUAUUAAGGCCAUCUUGGCAGGAAGGUCAUUUGAGUAAAGGAGCUCACAAGACCAUAGCGAAGAAAGUUGUUGAUAAGGUGACUGGUACUUUACAGGGCAACAACAUCCCUCGAACACAGGGAGAUGUUGAUCGUUAUAUUAACUCCUGCAGGACGGAACUAACCAACCUUGUACAGGCUUAUCUUCAAAUAUACGCAGGAGUCUGAUCUGGUGCCUGUACCAAGAUGUUAUCUGUGACGUGUUUUUGUCAAUAUGGUGCUGGAUGUGAAUAUGUCAGAUUGGGUACUUACUGUACACAUAACAGUUGGCCUUGAAGGGCUUCACAGGGGAGGCUCCGUGGUGUUUGUAUCAUACAAAAGUACAGGAAAGACAGAAAUUGAUGAAAUGCUUAAACCUCAUUUUGAUUCCUUUUACAGCAAAAACUCAUCCAUCUGAGAAAGAUGCGCCGCUGAAAGUUUCUCUUAAUUUCCUCUCAUUUUUUGUUCAGUCAGGGAGAGGGCAAAUACUUGUUUUCAUGUUUUGUUAGUGAAAAUUAACAGGGAAGGAAGUGAUCUUUUCCUUUACUAUGAAGAAUUUUCGCCGCAUUGCUUGUUUUAAA